AUGCUCGGGAAUUGCUGCUGUUGCUUCCUUGGCCGGAGCUCUGACGCAAUUGCAGACAGUGUCUCCGAUCGAGACCCGGUCCUUCUGGUUUCCGGCAUCGGUGGGUCCAUUCUUCAUUCAAAGAAAAAGAAGCUCGGGUUCGAGACCCGGGUCUGGGUCCGCAUUCUUCUUGCUGAUUUGGAGUUCAGGAAGAAGCUCUGGUCUCUCUAUAAUCCCAAGACAGGUUAUACAGAACAAUUGGAUGAUAGCAUCGAGAUCCUGGUUCCUGAGGAUGAUUAUGGACUCUAUGCCAUUGAUAUUUUAGAUCCUUCAAUAGUGAGUUUUUUGUUGGUUCUGCACACCCUGCCAUCACAUGUAGUCUAG